CUGUGUGUUCAUUCAGGUCUCAGUCGAUCAGCCAUCAGCUCUCCCUCUCUUUGUCUCUCUGUAUUGAUCAUGCUCAGUGUGAGUCUGCUGUUUGUCUAUCUGAGCGGAGCCUCCCUCAUCCUGCUGACUGCUGUUUCUGAGGCGCAGUAUUACGACUUAACCGCGACUCCGGACUACGAGGACUACAACGCCUCCUUCGAGUACAGCUUCUACAGUAACACCAGCAUUGAGGACCUGGACAAGUUCAGCGAGCGGUUCAUCGAUACAGGGGACGAGGAAGGGGAGGACACGGGGGGGCAGGAACAGGAUGUGACUGUAACCGCGGCAACUACCCCAGUAACCACGGAGCAGGGUUAUCAGGAACAGGAUGUGACCGUAACUGCGGCAACUAUCCGAGUAACCACGGAGCAGGGUUGGGUCAGAGGUCGUAACGCCGCUUCACUUCCUGUUUCUAUGGAAAUCAGAACGCUCGUCUGGACAGUGAUGAUCCUGAACAGCCUUCAACACACACUCUGAUGUCUGGACCUCAAAGACUUUCGACCUCUGCAGAGGAGCCAUGUUUCCUUCAGCCAAUCACAGCUCACAGACUCUUUUUAUUCUUAGAAAGCUUUCUUUCACUUUUCACUUUUAUUUGAACGUGUUUGAGACCAACAGGAGUGAGUGCUCUACAUGCUGAAACUUGUAUACAAAAAUGGCGGGUUAUAUUCAUAAAUAUGGUUUUAUAUAUGUAUAGAUAUUGGCGUUUAUCAAAGACUAAUCUACAUAGAGGCAAGAAAACGUUUUCUAAGUCGGAUUUAAAUCGUGUUUUUUCUUCUCAUGCUUAAUUGGCAACUGGAAUCUGAAGUGCAUCACUGCCCUUCAUGAUUUAUUCCAUUAAAAUAUAUAUUUAAUAUAUAUCUGAGGUUAGAUUUUUCCAUGCACCACUCAAACAUAUUGUGUGUUAGCAACAAGCUCUUGACAACAACCACAACCGCAGAAACUCUCCUGCCAUACAUUUUAUCACAGAUGAGGAAAAUGAUGCUCUUCAGUUCAACACAGGGGAAAGAAGUUUAGAUCCGAUUUAGGUAAUCCCAGGCUUGUUGAGCAAGAACAAAAUAACUUAAAUGAAGCUGGACACAAUAUGUAUUUAAAGAAAAUGAAGUAAACUUAAAUGUAGCUGAGUAAAGCACAGUAUUUUGCAUUAAAUAAUUAUUUUAAUUUAACUUCUUAUACUGCCAAGUCACCAUUACAUCUGCAGGACAGUUUGACCCUAAAUAGCUUCCAUACUUCCACCCCAGACAGGAAGUGAGCAAAUUUGAAUUGAAUUCAUGAAGAUAAACUUCUGACAGUGGAGGUUAUAAUAAAUAAUUUCAAUACAACAUGACAAAGUAUAAAAGAGAGAGAAUAACAUGUCUUCUUUCUUAUUUUUAAAAUGUCACCCCCUGAACUCUUCACGUUUAAGGUCUCAUUAUACUACUCCGUAGCUAUCCGUCAAUCCGACUCCAUGGUCACACAGAAGCUCAAGAACCUUUCGAAGUUCUCCGUGGGGAUGUCGGAUACGCAAUGCAAUUCACCGCCCGAUCAGCAGGCAUCGCUACGCAAGAUGACCUAAUCUCACGACGUCUAUCGUGAAAGUCGUGGAUUGUUUAUCUUCCGACUCCGUUCCACACAGUGAACAAUGGCCAGGCAUCUCUUUUAUAGCACUGGCGAUGUGUAAAAAGUCUACAGUUACAAUGACAGAAGAAACGGGCAAUUGUAUUUAUCACAUUCAAAAUGCAGACACAUUUAUCGUCAAUUAUCUCGUAUGUUGUUUGCAAAAUGAAUGAGUUGUCCCUCUCUGAUCACAGCCUACUGCUAGCGUGGAAGCUCACCUUCACAAUUUUAACAACCAGUUACCUUAUCGUGUACCGACCAAUCACAACCCUUGCGGUCUCCGCGAGUCUCCGUCUCUUCGACUAAUAGUUAGGAAUUUUGGACGGCGCACGCAAGGCUACGGUGAGUGUCUCCGGGAGGGUUUCCGACAACGGAGAGGGCUCUCCGUGGCUCUCCGUAGCCUUUGAUGGACGACCAUAAAUUAGCCUUUAGUCAGUCAAACAUUUUGUCAAACGUUGCUCUUUGAAGACAGACAGCAGUUCAGCUCCACGUGUUUAUCUGUUGCAGGUUGUUCUGAACAAUGAAAUAAUGAGUUUAAAUAAACCACGUUAAAGUCCAAACUGUCCUGUCCAAUGAGAAGUCUGAGGAGUUCUUCAUGCAGAUUAGAUGCCCUGUUGUCCUUUAGAGGACGUUUCUCAGCAGGAAGGCAAUAUUAGAGAAAUAGGAUUUAAAUCUUUAAUGAUUUUCAUUGAAACAUGUUGGUCCAAAGUGUUCCAGAACAAUCUACAACAAAGCUUUUUGUAUGUCUAACUUUCUAUGUUCACAAUAAAAUGUUUGAAAAGUUA